GUGCCCGCGGCCCGCGGCCGCGGCAUGCGGCCGGCGCAGGCGCGGGUGGCCCUGGCCGCUGCCGCCGCGGGCUCCGCGCUGUGGGCCACCCAGGGCCUGCGGGGCCUGUCGCUGUACACUGCCGGCGGUGGCCCCGGCGUGGAAGGAGAGCGGCCGGCCCUCCGCCUCUCGGAGCCUCCGCCUCCGGAGCCGCGGGAGCCCGCGGCCGCGGAGGGGGCGCCGCCCCUCUGCAGGCGGGAGCGCGGAGCACGCGCGGGGCCAGUGGCGCCAGCGCGCCCAGCGCCGCACCGCCUUCCAGCGGGUGUGGCGGGCCAGCGCGAUGCCGCCAGGCGGCGGCGCGCGCGGGGGAGGUCCACGGGCGGCCGCUGCAAGCGCUGCGAGCCCACGCCGAGCGCCUGGGGCUUCCUCCGCGACGCGCCCUGCCGCCGCCUCGACGCCGCGGAUGCGGCGGCGGCGCUGGCGUCUCGGCUCGACGAGCUCGCCUUCCUGGGCGACAGCGUCGCGGAGCAGCUGUUCAACGGGGCCGUCUGGGCGCGCGCCGCCGCGGCCGGGGCCUCUGGAGGCGCGGAGAGCAUGGAGGUGGCCAUCCACGAGUGGUGGCGGCGGCCGCGGUGGCGGCGGCCAGCCAGCACCGGCGUCGAGGUGCUGGCCGAGGCCGACAGCGAGGUCGGCGAGAUCGACAAGGAGGAGCUGGACGGCGGCAUCUCCGAGCAGGAGGCGGCGCGCCUCGGCAGCGGCGCGGCGCAUAGCAUCACGCAGUCGGGCCUCUCUGUCGGAGUUGCGGCGCCAGCAGUCGAGGAUGGGGAGCAGCUCGACUCUGGCCUCGGCGCGGAGGGGCGCGUGCUACGAGGCGCACAGCUGGCGCACGCGACGGCCGUCGAGUGCAUGGAGCUCCGCGCCACCGUGUGGUCGCUGAUGCGGGAGGUGGCGCUGAGCGACAAGGAGGCCGCCCUGGAGCCCCAGGGCGAGGCCGGGGUUGGGAGAGCCUUGGAGAAGGACGUGGAGGUGGCCAGCGUUGGCAGGGGCGAGAACGGCAGCGGCCGCGCCCCGCAGGAGGAGGCCUUCGAGGAGGAGAGGCGCGACGGCGGCGGCGCUGUUCCUACGAGCCGCGCCGCGCGCCCUCGCUGGGCGGAUUUGGGCAGCAGCGACAGGGGCUCGGGGUCCGACGGCGCGUUCGACCAGCUCAAGGUGGCCAGCGAGGGCGGUGCGGGUGCGAGGGGGGAGGUAGCUCGGCUGGGCGACCUGGUCGAGGCACCCUCGCGAGAGCACCCUUUGGGCCCAGCGGAGGAGGACGAGGAGCGGAUCCUAAUGGACUUCGCGGUGUGCGUUUCCAAUGAGGACGAACAGCGGUUCCUGGUGGACUUCUUUGCUGGCCUCUACCAAGGGCAGCGCACGUUGUUAGUGAGCCGCCUCGUGGAGCAGGGCCUCGCAAGCGGGCCACUCCACAUCCUGCGCCUCGGGUGCGGAGGCUUCGUCGAGGUCGUCGAAGCCCUGGCGACCUCCAUGUUCGUCCUGGGCGUAGAGCCUGAGAACUGA